AUGGCAGCCAGGACACAAUAUUCAGUGGAAAACCUGUGGACAAUUGCUUUCGCUACUGAGAACCAGCUACAUGUGUUAAAACUUGCCAAUGGCGUUAGUGCGUCACCAAAAGUGGUGUGGGUGUUCUUGGACGUGGUGCAGUCUGAGCUGCAGCACCGAGUGCUGCGGCGUACCACCGGCCCUCCUCUCUCUAUAGCAGGCCCAUGCCCCUGUACCGCCGCUCUCAGGAUGCUUGGAGACCAGUGGCAGCCGAACCACUCUUCGCGAAAGUGCUCUUCGCGAGCCCGCGCUCCGACUAUUCUGAUCUGA